AUGAAAUUACCUAAUCGACAGAAAAGAAAGAAUUUCGAAUCUAACCCGGAGAAAAUUGGAUCUAAUAUUUCCGAUCUAGUACGUGUUCAAAUGACAAUGAAAGCUAAAAUGAAUCUACAGACUGGUAUCUCUACCGGGGUCGAAACAGUUAGAUUACCGGAUAAGUUGAAUGUGGCUCACGUGCUGUUCAAUGAAAGUAUUCAACAGCGACUCGAACAAGUAUCCAAAGAAGCCGAACGUGUACUUGGACUGAUUAUCGAGGAUUUAGAAGAUGAACAAGAUCGACUAUUAGAUUAUACACAAGAAAUACAAUCCGGAUACGAACGACAAUAUCGUGAAUGGUUACAGAAAUAUAUCAUCGAACUCGAUCAAUGGAAAUCAAUCGAAUUGAGUAGGCUUCAUGAGAAAUUACAAAAGUACGAAAGAGACAUGAACUAUGUGUUUCAAGAAAAGCUUGAGCUUCUCAAUCGAGAAGUUGAAACUGCAAAAUCUAGAAUUCUUCGUGAAGAACAGGAGAAAGGAUCGAAAGAAACUAAAAGUAUCAUUUCUAACAUAGAAGAAAUUUCACGACAAAACAAAAUGCAGAACAUUGAAAUGGAAGAAGAUACCGAUAUUCAUUUAAAGUUACAAGCAAAUACCAGAAAUAAAGUCAUGGGAGAGAAUUCGAUCAACAAUUAUCCUUAUUUAGACAUUUGGUCAUGA